GGUCAUCGCACGGGCCUCGACGCGGCUCCUCGUUCGUUCGGGAGGGAGUAUAUAUAUAGAGAGAUCUUUUUUAUCUUACGGUCGCUCUUUUGGGUCUUCUUUGACGUCCGUUGUAGUCCGUGAGAAGGAGGAUCUUCUUAUUAUUUUUUUGGUUUAUGAGGACGAUUUAUAUCAAGCUUGUUCAGUGUGUUUGUUUUCUGGGGGCGUUUUAAAGGAGCGUUGAAAUCACCCAAGUUCUCUAGAAGUCUGUGAUCGGCAAUAAAAAGCAAGACUCCUUUCAUCGCUGAAAUUCAGAAGCAUCGACGUCAACUACGACCAGAGUCGUCGUAGUUCAGAAGCUAAAAUCCUGCAGGAACGAAGAGGGACGUCGAUGACCUGACCGACGCGUUGUCAGGAUGGUCGGGGUGAAGGUGGUCGUCCUGGCGCUGGUCGUCGGUACUGUAGCAGGUGUUUCGUUGAAGUGCGGAGAGGACAUCAUAGUCAACCGCGGCCAAAAGAAGGUCUUGAAAUUCUGGAGCUCCGAAGAUCGAUUCCUCAACGUGGACGUCAUCCAUAAGAGAGGUGAAGUGAAAGUAGGGGGAAAGGGAGAUGGAGAAACGAGAGUCAGAGUGAAAGGAAGAGGCACAACGACAACAGCAAAACCAAUCCCCAGUACCACCAGCCGGUCAAGUAGCAAUACUUUGAAGACCGGAGGACAAAGGAAGGAACCGCCGCCUGUGAAGCAGAGUCAGAGUGACUUGUAUUACUCCGUGGGCGCCCGAGUGACCCCCCAGCCUCCCACGACGACCCAGUCUUUGCAAACAGAAGUAGACGUCGCGAACCACACUCACCAAAGUAGCGAAGGCUCUCAUGAACAGCGGCCGGGUGAAGGCCUUGGUGUGAACACGGUAUUUUUAGAAGACUCGAUUGUCUAUGAUUACAAGACGGAGGAUGACUAUGUUGAUGAUGCUGAUGAUGCUGACAAUACGCAGUCUCUUCAACAAGGAAUCCUGACUGAUGAUGUCAAUACUACUGAGAUUCACCAUGAACAAAAAGGUGACCUGGACGAGCAACAGUCCCUUGUUAAUCAGGAAGCAGACAAGAAACAUCACCCGGAUAAGGUGGGUCAUCGCGACCAACAGAUAAUCUCAACGCAAGUGUUGCCUCCAUUAACUGCCUUAGAUAAGUUUUCUGCCAUUCGAAACAGCGAAACACAAACAGAACGCGCUGAUGAAAUAGACAACAUUACAACGGAAAGUCAAGAGAUCCAAGAUCAAGAAACGACCGUUAAUCCACCAACGGAGACUGAAAUCCCUGGAUCACUAAAGAACACAGACUCUGAAGACAUGAAUGACACCACAGAUCGGGAAUUCCUCGAGGCCACUACUCACGUCCCCGAACUCCUACGUUCAGAAGAAAUAACCACCACUGUCCCAGAACCUAUCGAAUCCAACACAGACACUUCUGCAGACAAGGAUGUUCCUAUCCUGUACUUGAAUAACGAAGAGUUUGUGACAGACGAACCACAUAUUUUCACACCUACGGAAGCUAUCGAAUCAUCUACUGACAGGAUUUAUGGGGACACUAUAGACUUUUCUCUCAAGGAUGACGAGGAAGGAGGACAAAGGGUAACAGAAGCCUCACCAAAGAAACCCAGCGAGGAUGGAACGAUUUCGGGAGACAAAAAACAGACCACAGACGACGGGGUGACUGAAUGGACCUCCUCAGUGAACAGGCAGCCAACCAUCACCCCACGAACCCCAGGGGAGGAAGAAACGAAUCUCCAGGUGGACUCUAUGGAACCCUCUACAGACGGAACAAUUCGGGACCAUGGAGAAAGAACGGAGUCACCCUUCACAAGCCAAAAUCGUCUUAAGCAACCGUCAACAGUUCACAGCGAUACCAAACACGCAGGAACUACGGUGUCAGAGCAAGAUAACCUCCUAGAAGUUCUUGUCGACGAUGUACCGACGAUGGUCUCACCGGGAAGUAUAAGGAACGAAAUUCUCAUUCCAGAAGAACUGUUGCAGAAAACGCCACCGGAAACUACCACCGAGUUUAUCAAUGAAUUUGCAGCUGCAGGAUUCCUACAGGAGGAGGGGACUAGUGCAGAGGACUUUAGGACAACCACCAUUAUUCCAACAACAGAGGAAGUUUCUUCAUCAGAAGAAGAAUCAAAAUCAAAAGUAAAGGAUUCUAAAACAGAGGAGAGUGAUGCCAGUGCAUCUGAAACAACAACUCUGAAGUAUCAAAUAGAUUUACAAAGUAUCAAUGAAAUCGUUCCUGAAAGUGGCAAUGAUGUCGAAAAUGCUCUAGAAAGAUCUGAUAUUAUUCAUGAUUCAGAAGAAAAGUCUGGAACAUCUAAUUCUGAAGAAAGUUCUGAAGAACACAGCAUUUCCAAAGAAAGCAAUACAACUGUGUCUAGAACAUCUAACAACACUGAAAGAUCGGAAUCGGUCACUACCACAGAAACUUCAAACCAGUUUAACAGUUUAGAAAAUUCUGAAAUUCAUGAUAACACAGAGAUCCCUGAAACACUUGACAUCACUGAAAGGUCAGACAUAUUGGAUACUGCAGCACAGUCUAAUAGAACUGAAGCCACAGAUGAUUCUGAAGUGUAUGACACUACUGAUAUAUCGGAAAUGCUUGAAGUCACAGAGAAGUCGGAAAAAAUCGAUGUCACAGAAAGAUCUAAUGUGCUUCAUUCCACUGAAAGAUAUACAGCAGCUGACACCACAGAGAGAUCAGAAGUGCCUGAAGCGACAAAAAGAUUGGAAACACUUGGCAUUACUGAAGGCCUAGAAGGUCUUGAUGUUACAACAAGAUUUGCUAUGCUUGACGCAACAGAAAGAUCUGAAGUAUCUGACAUCACAGAAACACCUGAAAUUGUCGAUGCUACAGAAAGGAUGAAUGUGCUUGAUGAUACAUCUGUAUUGGACAACACUGAAAGAUCUGAGAUUCCUGAUGCCUCCUUUACAACAGAAGGUAAGGAAUUGUUUGAUACCAAGGAACGGUCAGAUUUGUUUGAUACAACAGAGCGUACUGAUUUCCUUGAUGAGGAAUUGAUAACAGAAUAUUCUGUGAGUGCAGACCGAGAGAAUAUUGUUGGCGAAAGCAGUGAAGAAAAAGUUGAUUAUCAUAAUCGUAUUGCAGCAGAGGAGGUGGAACAAACAACAGAGAAGUAUAUUCCCAACGAUAUCAUAUCAGAAGGCAAUUUGGAAAUGAGUGUGGGUGAUAUAACUACUAUAAGUGAAGGAUUAAUUAUACAUGAGAAUGAUGAGGUUCUUCAGCAGAACGAUGGGGCCAACGAUUAUUAUUAUGGGGACUAUAUUUACCGUCCUUAUGACGAGGCUGAGUUUGAGACCAAUCCUUAUAUUAUUGAUUUUUAUGACAUCAGUGAAGACGAUGCCACCACACAGGCUCCAACAGGAAGUGUAAAAGAGGAUGAUAGACCUGCUCAAACUACGGUGUCCCCCAUGGUUCUUCCAGCUGAGGUACUGAAGGAAGAAGGUGAAGGAAGUACAGCUGCAGCAGACAUAGAUACUGCAUCCACUGAAAGCCAUUACCACGACAUGACAAUUACCACACAGCAAACGACAAUGGCUGGAGGAUUCAAGAUUAAUGCGAUAGAGGAAGCAGAUAGUGCAGCUAUAAUGUCUACAACUGCUGAUACCAAAGCAGAAGAACUGACGACUGUAAGGACCACAGAGUUAGUGAAUGAGAAUGACGGUCUUGCCAGUGGCUCAGUCGCUCUCAUGGAUACAGAUGAUAAGGAAGACCCAGUAAGGAAUACCACAACUCUAGAAGCAAGUAGUGGCAAUGAUGGUUCUCUGUCAGAUAGUUUUUUCAAUGAGAUAAUUGAUAGUCUAACCAUUGCCCUGGAGAAUGCACCUGAGGAGAUACAAGUCCCUGUAGGUGAUUUUUCUAUUAACAUAAAAGACCUUUUCGACAUUGCAAACAACAAGAACAAAAGCGAGAAGACAAAUGCCAACUUGACUUCAGCAGAGCUUCCUGUCGAACACCGAGACAAAAUAACGCUUGUAAGGAGCGAUGCCGUGGAGGACGAAGCUCAGGUAGAAGUCGUGACUGAGGCUGAAUCACCCUUUGCCCUGGAGGAUGAAGAACCAGAGACAACACUCAGAACAGAUUCCUUAAGUAUGGCAGGCUUUAUGGACCACAGCAUGUUGGAGAUGACAACCACAGAGGCACCGUUGGAAGAAACGACACAGGAAGUAAUUUAUGACUACCCAGAUGUUAUUGAUGAAGAUGGCUUCAAGGGUUAUGAUUACUAUGAAAGUCUUGUGGACUCUCUUUUGGCUCAGGACAGGCCUUACGGUCAGAAUAAGAGCGAGCAAGCAGUCUCACCAACGACUGAUAAUAAAGUGGUAGUAGUGCCUUCUGUUACAAGUUCUGAGCAAAAAUAUGUCUAUCCAACUCUUGAAUUCUCAAUGGAUGAUGUAAAAACUACGGCUGAACCACAGGCUACAGUAGCAGUGAGCAGCACGGACGUGACUUCCUUACAAAACAGGAACUCAGAAGGUGAUGGCUUGGAAAUAACAACUGUUUCCUAUGACGUGGCAGAUACUUCAUUCGAUGACAGCUCUGAAAACAGUAGUUCAGAAAGCACAGUGGAAACAACUACCGUGUUUUCUAUCCCAUAUCUUAUUUUGCAAAACCAGGCUAUGCUGGACGAAAUUCUGACCAAUCAGAAGUUGACUGGAAGUAGCUCUGUCAUAAUCAAGGAACAAGGAAGCAAGGUAGCAAUUAGCUCCCCUGCACAAGAUGAAUCUUCCAGAGUAGAGGGAGUUACAGAUGAUAACACAGAUGAUGCAUUUACUGCAACUCAAUCCUCCUCUGAUAAUGGCAAUAUAUCAAGGAACCCACCUGAAGAUGUUACCAGUUCCUCUUAUGAAGUUGUGACAGAUGAGACACAAGCCAGACGAGCUGUCCGAGAAAUCAGAUGUCAAACUACAACGGAAACACAAGAAAGAGACAAUAACACCAUCAGUUUAAAUAUAAAGGGUGAAAGCACUGAUUCUCUGCCCCAGAACAAUAAGACUAUAACAGAACAACCAGACGAGCUGUCCGAGAAAUCAGAUGUCGUGACAAAUGAACCUAAACCAGAUGUUCAGGUUAGGAAACCGGGCAUUAUAACUGACAGUUUAGAAGCACUUAUUGACAAGCUAGAAGAAUUGGCUGACCAGGUAUCCAAUAAUCAAACAAACAAACCAGAAACUACAACGGAAACACAAGAAAGAGACAAUAACACCAUCAGUUUAAAUAUAAAGGGUGAAAGCACUGAUUCUCUGCCCCAGAACAAUAAGACUAUAACAGAACAACCAGACGAGCUGUCCGAGAAAUCAGAUGUCGUGACAAAUGAACCUAAACCAGAUGUUCAGGUUAAGAAACCGGGCAUUAUAACUGACAGUUUAGAAGCACUCAUUGACAAGCUAGAAGAAUUGGCUGACCAGAACAAUAAGACUAUAACAGAACAACCAGACGAGCUGUCCGAGAAAUCAGAUGUCGUGACAAAUGAACCUAAACCAGAUGUUCAGGUUAGGAAACCGGGCAUUAUAACUGACAGUUUAGAAGCACUUAUUGACAAGCUAGAAGAAUUGGCUGACCAGGUAUCCAAUAACCAAACAAACAAACCAGAAACUGCAACGGAAACACAAGAAAGAGACAAUAACACCAUCAGUUUAAAUAUAAAGGGUGAAAGCACUGAUUCUCUGCCCCAGAACAAUAAGACUAUAACAGAACAACCAGACGAGCUGUCCGAGAAAUCAGAUGUCGUGACAAAUGAACCUAAACCAGAUGUUCAGGUUAGGAAACCGGGCAUUAUAACUGACAGUUUAGAAGCACUCAUUGACAAGCUAGAAGAAUUGGCUGACCAGGUAUCCAAUAAUCAAACAAACAAACCAGAAACUACAACGGAAACACAAGAAAGAGACAAUAACACCAUCAGUUUAAAUAUAAAGGGUGAAAGCACUGAUUCUCUGCCCCAGAACAAUAAGACUAUAACAGAACAACCAGACGAGCUGUCCGAGAAAUCAGAUGUCGUGACAAAUGAACCUAAACCAGAUGUUCAGGUUAGGAAACCGGGCAUUAUAACUGACAGUUUAGAAGCACUUAUUGACAAGCUAGAAGAAUUGGCUGACCAGGUAUCCAAUAAUCAAACAAACAAACCAGAAACUACAACGGAAACACAAGAAAGAGACAAUAACACCAUCAGUUUAAAUAUAAAGGGUGAAAGCACUGAUUCUCUGCCCCAGAACAAUAAGACUAUAACAGAACAACCAGACGAGCUGUCCGAGAAAUCAGAUGUCGUGACAAAUGAACCUAAACCAGAUGUUCAGGUUAGGAAACCGGGCAUUAUAACUGACAGUUUAGAAGCACUUAUUGACAAGCUAGAAGAAUUGGCUGACCAGGUAUCCAAUAAUCAAACAAACAAACCAGAAACUACAACGGAAACACAAGAAAGAGACAAUAACACCAUCAGUUUAAAUAUAAAGGGUGAAAGCACUGAUUCUCUGCCCCAGAACAAUAAGACUAUAACAGAACAACCAGACGAGCUGUCCGAGAAAUCAGAUGUCGUGACAAAUGAACCUAAACCAGAUGUUCAGGUUAGGAAACCGGGCAUUAUAACUGACAGUUUAGAAGCACUUAUUGACAAGCUAGAAGAAUUGGCUGACCAGGUAUCCAAUAAUCAAACAAACAAACCAGAAACUACAACGGAAACACAAGAAAGAGACAAUAACACCAUCAGUUUAAAUAUAAAGGGUGAAAGCACUGAUUCUCUGCCCCAGAACAAUAAGACUAUAACAGAACAACCAGACGAGCUGUCCGAGAAAUCAGAUGUCGUGACAAAUGAACCUAAACCAGAUGUUCAGGUUAGGAAACCGGGCAUUAUAACUGACAGUUUAGAAGCACUUAUUGACAAGCUAGAAGAAUUGGCUGACCAGGUAUCCAAUAACCAAACAAACAAACCAGAAACUACAACGGAAACACAAGAAAGAGACAAUAACACCAUCAGUUUAAAUAUAAAGGGUGAAAGCACUGAUUCUCUGCCCCAGAACAAUAAGACUAUAACAGAACAACCAGACGAGCUGUCCGAGAAAUCAGAUGUCGUGACAAAUGAACCUAAACCAGAUGUUCAGGUUAGGAAACCGGGCAUUAUAACUGACAGUUUAGAAGCACUUAUUGACAAGCUAGAAGAAUUGGCUGACCAGGUAUCCAAUAAUCAAACAAACAAACCAGAAACUACAACGGAAACACAAGAAAGAGACAAUAACACCAUCAGUUUAAAUAUAAAGGGUGAAAGCACUGAUUCUCUGCCCCAGAACAAUAAGACUAUAACAGAACAACCAGACGAGCUGUCCGAGAAAUCAGAUGUCGUGACAAAUGAACCUAAACCAGAUGUUCAGGUUAGGAAACCGGGCAUUAUAACUGACAGUUUAGAAGCACUUAUUGACAAGCUAGAAGAAUUGGCUGACCAGGUAUCCAAUAACCAAACAAACAAACCAGAAACUACAACGGAAACACAAGAAAGAGACAAUAACACCAUCAGUUUAAAUAUAAAGGGUGAAAGCACUGAUUCUCUGCCCCAGAACAAUAAGACUAUAACAGAACAACCAGACGAGCUGUCCGAGAAAUCAGAUGUCGUGACAAAUGAACCUAAACCAGAUGUUCAGGUUAGGAAACCGGGCAUUAUAACUGACAGUUUAGAAGCACUCAUUGACAAGCUAGAAGAAUUGGCUGACCAGGUAUCCAAUAAUCAAACAAACAAACCAGAAACUACAACGGAAACACAAGAAAGAGACAAUAACACCAUCAGUUUAAAUAUAAAGGGUGAAAGCACUGAUUCUCUGCCCCAGAACAAUAAGACUAUAACAGAACAACCAGACGAGCUGUCCGAGAAAUCAGAUGUCGUGACAAAUGAACCUAAACCAGAUGUUCAGGUUAGGAAACCGGGCAUUAUAACUGACAGUUUAGAAGCACUUAUUGACAAGCUAGAAGAAUUGGCUGACCAGGUAUCCAAUAAUCAAACAAACAAACCAGAAACUACAACGGAAACACCAGAAAGAGACAAUAACACCAUCAGUUUAAAUAUAAAGGGUGAAAGCACUGAUUCUCUGCCCCAGAACAAUAAGACUAUAACAGAACAACCAGACGAGCUGUCCGAGAAAUCAGAUGUCGUGACAAAUGAACCUAAACCAGAUGUUCAGGUUAAGAAACCGGGCAUUAUAACUGACAGUUUAGAAGCACUCAUUGACAAGCUAGAAGAAUUGGCUGACCAGGUAUCCAAUAACCAAACAAACAAACCAGAAACUGCAACGGAAACACAGGAAAGAGACAAUAACACCAUCAGUUUAAAUAUAAAGGGUGAAAGCACUGAUUCUCUGCCCCAGAACAAUAAGACUAUAACAGAACAACCAGACGAGCUGUCCGAGAAAUCAGAUGUCGUGACAAAUGAACCUAAAACAGCCUCUGAUCAACAAGAAAUUUCAACUGCCAAACCUGAUGCCAUUACAACCACAGCUAGCAUCUCGAAGAUUUCAACAAGCAAAUCAACAGAUCUCCCUAGUCCAGUAUCUGCUGAACCUGCUGUGCGUGAAGAACCUACAGAGUAUUUCUGGAAUUAUGUGAGCCAAAAGACCAACAUGAGUGGUUCCCAAGAAAAUCACGGCUCAGCAGGUGCUGGUGGCUCUGAAGACAUGAUGUCAGUUUCCUCAUCUACGCAAAGUAGCCAUGACUUUGAGACUUUGAGAAAAGGUGAAACGAGUGAAGUUAUAAAGACUGAUGAUGAAGCAACAUUAAAGGCUACUGAGCAGAGCUUGUUAUCAACAACAAGUGAGCCAGAUCUUGCAACAAUCCUUCUUCCAUCAUCCUUUAUUGAUAGAUUAGGCGAGGUUUCAAAAGAUAGAGAUAGAGAGGAGGAAACCUUAGCCCCUGAAGCAAGACCUCCAAAUCAUUUUGAUAUUCCCGGAAUUUUCAGCCGUAAGGAUGACGAAGGCUUUACAGAAUAUGGGGGAGACUCACCUUUCUUCAUCAAGCUUCCUGGUAGUCCAAAUGCUGUGCCAUUAUAUAUUCAGUACGAGCCUGUGGAGGUCAAGUAUGUUCCCUUAAAGCAUGAGAAUGAGGCAAGCGAUGAUAACAUAAACUACAGAGAUCCUGUAACUUAUGAGGAUGAUGGAUCUGUGUAUGAAUACCGUGAAAAUACUGAAACCACAGACCGUGAGAGCCAAGUUGCAAAAGAAGAAAAGAAACCUGCUGAAUCUUCUGAGAUCUCAACGAACUCUGAUGCAACGAUAGCAGAAAGCAGUUUUAGUGACACUCUAGGAGGCAGUGGACAAAAUGAUGCUCAGCAGACUGAAGAAAAUUCCCUCUUGAAUGGGAUCUAUCGUAUUCUAGAUAACGUGGCUGGAUCUGUUAACAACCAGUAUCCUCAGAACACAGAAAAUAAGCAGGAAGGACAACAUUUCAAACCAAACCGACCUGUUGUUAAGACUCCCGACCCCUUCUUCCUCAUGGAAGCCCCAAAACUUGGAGGCUCAUCAGAUGGCUCCCCAUCCCAUGUCUCUCAUGAUGCUACCCAUUCCACUCACGGUGUUCAGGGGCACAACACCGGGUUUUCCAUUGAUGUGUCGAGUAAGUUUGGUUUUGAAAGCUCCAAGCCAGAAACACAAGGUGUACGAACUGGUACCGUAGAGGAUGUACCUAUAGGCACUAAACAGGAAGUACUUUAUCCUGGGGACUAUUACAAGCAUGAUGCAUACACUGGAGUCAACCUUUCUGAUUUAACAAAUCCUGUAUUCAAUCUAAGAACCAAAGCAACCACGCCUUCUGCGGAGGACCUUAUGACUCCUCAAUACACACCUUUCCCAAUCACAACCAACCCACCCCGGACUACUGUGACCUUUGCACCCCUAUCUGCCCUGCCUCUCUCUACCUCAUUCAAUACUCGCGAAGAAGAUAAGCGCCUUGGCAACGCACCAGACUAUGCCGCAGACACUGUUAACGCAACUACAGAACGGACCACGUCAGAGAAGCCACCUCCCAGUGUAGAGUUUUCACCAAUUCCGUCCAUCGACUUUGCAGACUCUUAUGAUUCUCCCUUCCUACCAGACACCCUCUUUGACAAAGACAGACCUUUCCCUAUUCCUAUAGAGGAAUAUACACGAGAUCAGACAGACGGAUCUUCAUAUAACAAUGACAAACCCGAAUCUUACAACAACGGCUUCUCUGCAGCUCCUUUCAAAACCUCAGAUGCUCAGGGUUUAAAUGUACCUCCGAACAUGGCACCGGAUGGGGUAGUAACACCUGCAUCACUGGGCCAGGUCGCAGUGGAAGACGAUGGUAAUGGCGGUAUUCUUCAAGAAAACCACCCUCCCCCUUCGAAACCAUUCGUUGCGCAUGGUCAGAUAUGGUCCUUCCCCAAGUCCCGCGAGGAGCCCGGACAGCACGGCUCCCACGACAGCACGGGCCGCGUGUACUCUGCCUUCUACUCUCCUCUCGACGUCCCCGGCAUCGACCCCGCUCUGUUCAGCUACAGGAAGGUACCAGGUGCCAAGCCUGUAGAUUCGGACUACACAGUUUUCCCAACCGGUCAGGACUUCCCAAGGCUCUACGAAGACAGCGCUGUUAGGAGCGCCUUCGGCUCCGAGGAUUUCCCGUCGCAUUCCUCGAAGUCCGAACACGAUGUCCUCCUUGGACCUCAGUUCUUCGACUACCUCAACACACUGCCUUACGCGCUACUGAAGAAGUUCCUCGACCCUAAUUCACCUCCGGAGACAGAGAGGCUUAAACGCUCCGCCCCGCGCGAGGGGGAACAGAUCUUCUGCGAGUGGAACAUAAGGACGGAACCUGGUCUUUACCUACUGAUGACUUUCCACAACUUAUCCGCUGCCUACACUGUGGACUGCCACGGCGCCUACAUCGAGGUGGAGAGAGAAAAUAAUGGAUAUGAUGCUCGCUGGUGUGGUAAUAGGGUGUCCCUGGCUGGGUCACGACCUCACGUCAUCUUCGCCAAGACUGAGGUCAGAAUUACUGUCUACGAUGAUGGGGCAGGGAACAAGGCCCUCCCCACAGGCUUCGAGGCGGACAUUGAGGUAAUCGACCUCUUCGAUCCCAACGAAUACACUGCCUUCAUGAGAUCGAACGCCUACCCUCACAUACGCCGUCUCCUCUAUGGCUAGUGUGAGGUGUGGGUCCUUUGUGAUAACCAGCAGUGCCCGAGGAAUUCGCCUGACGAUGCUUAUACUGAAUGAGUAAUCUACCCUAACGGUGGCUAUAUUGGAGUAGCUGUUGCGGUGGAUAGACUGGAAGAGUGGAUAUCUUUGCGACGCUUAUACUGAAAGAGUGGCUUGUGGUGUGUAACGACACUGAUGGCAAGAGGAUUUUUUUUUUGUUUUUGUUUUUUGUUUUUGAUAAACUGCCUACGAGGCUUUGGGACCAUUUUAUCGACGUCGCUCUUUCUGUGUGUGAUUGAUACCUCUCGAUGACGUUCAAGUUUGGUGUUGAUUGGUUAAUACCUUUUAAUGACGUCAUGGUGUUCCGUGUUGAUUGGUUAAUAUCUGUCGAUGACGUAAUAGCCUUUCGACUUGAUUGGUUGUUUUUUAUCGAGGACGUCACAAUUUUUCGUGAUUAUUAAUACGUUUGAAUGAUGCCAGUGUUUAUUUUUGUCGUGGUAUUGAUUGAUACCUUUCGAUUACGUCACCUUUUAUUUGUGUCAUUGAUACCUUCCGAUGGUGCCAGUGUUUAUUGUUCGUGGUAAUUAUUGAUACCUUCCUGGUAUGCCGCUAGAGAGGGUCAGUGUGUGACGGAAACGGGCAUUAGAGAAGUCACUGUUGUAACAAGUUGAAGCCCCGUUCCUCCCGUGUGCCGGUCUGACUCUUUUCAUCUUCCGCUGAAAUAUAAUUACUUCUCAUUAUUUUCCUCCUCGUUCCUGCUUUUUUUUGUCUUUUCCCCCUUUUUAUUUACAUUCUCAGGGUUUCCUUCCCCAUUUCCUGGAUAUUUAAAUAUUGAUCCUUUCCCUUUUUUAUUUUGUUUCUAAAUUUUAGAGUCAAAGGCAGGUACCUAGAGGGGCGUGUUGGGCUCUGUUCCUUUUCAACAGCGACUCCUCGACCCUUUAACAUAAUGAAUAGGCCUACUGUGUAUAACGUAUAAUUAAUGUACUAUGUAGUAGACAUAUCUACUCGUGUGUUAUUUUAAAACGAUGGAAGUGAUGAUUUUAACAUCGUACUGCAGCAUAUUUUAAUGACAGUAGAGGAAUUUGUUAAUCGGUAAAGAUCUAAAUUAGAUUAUUUUCUUCUAAAUCAAAUUAAGGGCAUUAUAAUUUCUGAUUUGAUUUGUAAAAAUAUAAGUUGUAUGAUAAUAGUACCUCCCCAACCCCCAACCCCACCCCACCGUUUCAUGUACGUUGUAUUGUGAAAGUCUGAGGGCCCCGUUUUUUAUCUGUGAUGUGUGUUUAUGAUCUACAAUUGUGUGUGAAACGGAGAUAGAACUUAGUUUCUUUUAUGUAUAUAUAUAAUGAUCGAAUGAUACAAAAUAAUGAUUCUGGACUCGCUCUCUUAAAACGAAACAAAAAACCAAAAGAGAUUUUAAAAAAUAAGAAAAAGAAAAUACACACAAACGUUACCACUCCAGUGUAUCGUACUUUUAUUAGCAUGAGAGUAUGAGAGCUGGAUUUUGCACAAUGCUAUGUAAAUAACAGCCAAACAAAAGGGCAAAAUGCUAAUUCCAUAGUAGUGAACCUGUUACUCAAAUAUCUCUCAGAAAUCAAAGGAAAACAGCCACAGUAAGAAAUGAAUAUGAAUAGAUUAAUAUUCAUUUCUUACCGUGGCUGUUUUCCUUUUCAUCUUUGUGUACACGUCACUGUGUUUGUGUCAAUCUCUCAGAAACCUAACAGCUGAUGUAUAAAUAAGUGUAGAGAUCUUGCUAUCAAAUUAGGUAUGUUUGCAACACUUUUUAUUUUUAUUUUUUUGUUUUUCAACAGAACGUUUCUAGAAUGAAAGGUUCUUACGAAAUAAAAAUCCCUAACAAUUUCUUCAAAACCUGAACGUCACUAGAUUUGCCUGAAAUAAGAACAUUAUGGUAAUACAGAUAAUAAUGAGAUUACUGUACUUUGAAGUAUCGAUACAGGUGCUAAUGAAAGUCUCACCUGUAUUUUAAUUGUGUAGUUCUCACAGGUAAAAGUGAUGGUCUUCUGUAAUGCCAUAUUGUAGUUACCUGAUUAAAGUAUAGCUGUGU